AUGAAUUUCAGAAGCAUGGAAGAAUUCUGGCCGUUUUAUAUGAGUCAGCACUCAAAACCAGCCACAAGACGUUGGCAUUUUGUGGGCACUUUGGGUAGUAUUCUGUGCUUGGUAUACUCGGUGUUUUUCGAUUGGCGGUGCCUGAUUCUCGCGCCUUUGUUUGGUUACUCUUUGGCUUGGUAUAGCCAUUUCUUUGUUGAAAGGAAUGUUCCAGCAACUUUUGGGCACCCCUUUUGGUCUCUGCUAUGUGAUUGGAAGAUGUUUGCCUUGAUGCUUACUGGCCAAAUGGAUAGAGAAAUCAAGAGGCUUGGUAAGAGGCCUAUAUUGCAAGCCUACUGA